UAUAUAGCAUAGGUAUAUAUAUUGCUGGAGAGUGUCAACAAACACGUGUGGAGGAAGACGCAGUAUGUGAGGCCAUUUUCACUCUUCUACAGAGGUUUUUAAUGAACUAAAAAGAAGAUAAAUUCACCGAAGCUGAGGAAUAUUUAGUAAAAUGAAGUUCGCUUACAAGUUUUCCAACUUGCUGGGAGCUGUGUAUCGUCAGGGAAAUCUAAACUUCUCCAAAGAUGGGAACGCUGUGAUCAGCCCAGUGGGAAACAGAAUCUCUGUGUUCGACCUGAAAAAUAACUCCUCUGAGACGUUGCCCAUCUCCACCUCCAAGAACAUCUCCUGCGUGGGCGUUUCUCCUGAUGGGAACCUGGCGGUGGUGGUGGAUGAAGACGGAGCAGCGCUGCUCAUCAGCCUCAUCACUAGAGCCGUCCUGCAUCAUUUCCACUUCCACAAACCGGUGAGCAGCAUCCGCUUCUCACCAGACGGCAGGAGGUUUGUGGUGACGAAGGAGAACGUGGCUCUGAUGUACCACGCUCCUGGAAAGCACCGUGAGUUCAACGCCUUCGUUUUAGACAAGAGCUACUACGGUCCCUACGAUGAGACGACCUGCAUCGACUGGACGGACGACUCCAAGUGUUUCGUGGUGGGAAGCAAAGACAUGUCGACGUGGGUGUUUGGAGCCGAGCGCUGGGCCAACCUCAUCUACUACUCCCUGGGGGGACACAAGGACGUCAUCGUCGGCUGUUUCUUUGAGAAGGACAGCCUGGACCUGUACACGGUGAGUCAGGACGGGACGUUGUGUGUCUGGGAGAGCGACACCGAGCUGGACGGUCUGGUGCUGAGGAAGACCCGGGACAGACCAGAGGACGAAGAGGAGGAAGAGGAGGAAACCAGGACGGAGGGAGAGGAAGGAGAAGUGAUCAGAGGGAAAGUAGAAACUCCUAAAGAGAGGGAGAAAACCAAGAACGUCCGCUACAAGCAGAUCAGCAAGCAUUUCUUCAACAAGGAGGGCGACUUUAACAACCUCACAGCUGCUGCCUUCCACAAGCCGACCCACAUCCUGGUGACCGGCUUCUCCUCGGGGAUCUUCCACCUCCAUGAGCUUCCAGAGUUUAACCUCAUCCACUCUCUGAGCAUUUCCGACCAGAGAAUCGCCUCGGUGGCUAUAAACUGUUCUGGAGACUGGAUCGGCUUCGGAUGCUCCAGGAUGGGUCAGCUGCUGGUGUGGGAGUGGCAGAGCGAGUCGUACGUCUUCAAGCAGCAGGGUCACUUCAACAACAUGGCGUCUCUGGCUUAUUCCCCGGAUGGACAGUACAUUGUAACAGGAGGAGACGACGGGAAGGUCAAAGUGUGGAACACCAACAGCGGUCUUUGCUUCGUCACCUUCACUGAACACACCAGCAGCGUCACCAACGUCUCCUUCACCUCCAGCGGCUUCGUCAUCGUCAGCGCCUCUCUGGACGGGACGGUCCGAGCGUUCGACCUGCACAGGUACCGUAACUUCAGGACGUUCACGUCUCCUCGUCCUGCUCAGUUCUCCUCCCUGGCAGUAGAUGUCAGUGGAGAGCUGGUGAGCGCUGGAGCUCAGGACUCCUUUGAGAUCUUCCUGUGGUCCAUGCAGACCGGCAGACUGCUGGAGGUUCUUGGGGGUCAUGAAGGUCCGGUCAGCAGCUUGUGUUUCAGUCCGGUCCAGUCCGUCCUGGCCAGCGCCUCGUGGGACAGAACCGUCCGGCUGUGGGACAUGUUGGACAGCUGGCAGGUCAAAGAAACUCUUCCCCUGACAUCUGACGGCCUGUCGGUGUCGUAUCGUCCUGACGGUCAGGAGUUAGCCGUGGCCACGCUGAACGGGGAGAUCUCUUUCUGGAACCCUCAGACGGCGACACAGACCGGCUCCGUGUCCGGACGACACGACCUGGAGACGGGUCGGAAGGAGACGGAUAAAGUCACGGCUAAACAGACGGCGAAGGGGAAGUCCUUCACGUCUCUCUGCUACUCUGCUGAUGGAGAGUCCAUCCUGGCAGGAGGUCAGUCCAAGUUCGUCUGCAUCUACAACGUGAAGGAACAGAUGCUGAUGAAGAAGUUUGAGAUCUCCUGCAACCUGUCCUUUGAUGCCAUGGAGGAGUUCCUGGACAGACGGAAGAUGACGGAGUUUGGCAGCUUGGCUCUGGUGGACGACGGAGCUGGAGACGGAGACGGAGUGAACAUCAGCCUCCCUGGAGUCAGGAGAGGGGACAUGAGUUCUCGUCACUUCAAGCCGGAGAUCAGAGUCAGUUCACUGCGAUUCUCUCCCACCGGUCGCAGCUGGGCGGCCACCACCACUGAGGGUCUGCUGGUCUACUCCCUGGACAGCUCCCUGGUCUUCGACCCCUACGACCUGGACCUGGACGUGACGCCGGCCAGCAUCAGGAAGCAGCUCCGCCUCCAGGACUGGGUGUCGGCCAUCGUCCUGGCCUUCAGACUCAACGAGAACGCCCUGAAGCAGGAGGUUCUGGAGACGGUGCCGCAUGAGCAGAUCCCGGUGGUCUGCAGCUCUAUACCAGACGUCUACGUGGAGAAGGUGCUGGGCUUCGUGGCCUCCUGUCUGGAGAAGUCGGGUCAUCUGGAGUUCUACGUGACCUGGGCUCAGAACCUGCUGAUGCUGCACGGACAGAAGCUGAAGAACAGGUUGGAUGUGCUGGUCCUGCCGACGCUUCAGGCGCUGCAGAAGAGCAUCCAGAGACAUUUUGACAAUCUGUCCAAACUCUGCGACUUCAACAUGUACAACAUCCGUUAUGCGACGGCUCUGUUCAAGCAGAGAGGACUGAAGAGGCCCGCUGAGGAGGAUGAGGAGGAUGAGGAGGAGGAUGAUCAGUCUGAGGAGACGAGUGAAGCUUCUCUGGAGGAUGCAGAGAUAAUGCUGUAGUCUGAACUGUAAACACAUUAGUGUACUUUAUGAUUGUAAGCUGUUUUUUUUAUUAAAUUCAUGUAUAAAUGUU